AUGACGGCAGGAGCGGCGGAGCAGGCGGUGGCAGUGUUUGCACACUUGCUGCCUUCCAUGUCGCUGCAGACGGGCCAGGGCGCGGGGUCGGGGGACAAGGGUCAAAUGCAGGACUCUCGGCAAAAGAGGCCCCGCACAGGGCCGAGCCCGACUCAGCAAGGCAAGAACAAGGGCAAGCCCAAGGGGAGAGGCAAACAGCGAACAGCCGCCGACCAGGACCAGGACAUGGACGACUCUCUCGACCUGUCUCAGCGGGAACUCCUACGCUUGAUCGCUACUUUGGUGCUGCAACAGCACGACCAAGCGCUGCGCACGCAGCUGGACACGGGCUUUCUGCUUACCCUCAAGAACGAUCUGGGCCCCGAGUGCAUGCUGCCCGUCAUGCAGAAGGUCGCCAAAGCUUGGGUUCAAAUGAAGGAGGAGGAGCCAACCAAACUGGACAUGCCGCUGCGCACAACGCUCUUGAUAUGCAUGUUUCAGGAGCUGAAGAGUCGAGCCGAGCUCUUGCAGGCCGAUGCCGAGGCUAUCGAGAAGGCGACGCAAGCAGGCUGGCUGAACAGCUCGCGGGAGUGGAUAUGCCAAAAGUGGGAUGUGGACACGGAAACCAUGGUGGAAGACAAGACCCGACCCUGUGUGACGAUGGAAGCCUUCCUCGGACAAGUGGUCAAGCUGCAGGGUCUGGUGGCGGAGGUAGCCAAUGUGCCCAGGUUCCAGGCGACGAGGCCUCUGGCCAAGGGCAACAUUACGGGCCACAGUCUGGCAUUCCUCUUGGAUGUGUCACUACGAACGCAAGCGGAUCCGCUCUACGAGCAGCUGAAGAGCUGGGACGGCCUGGCAGCCCUGAACCUCAUCGGUGCGAGACUGCGCCCAAUGAGGUUGAAACGUUCCCCUGCCGCGAACAAGCUGCAGAAGUGGCUCUCGGGUUGGGGCUCCCGGAAGCCGCUUGAGCGAGUGGCGUGCUUUUGUGAUGGAAGGUCGCUGCAGGCUUGCGUACAGGCAGCACAUGACAUCAGCUUUGACUCUGAGUGCGAGCUGCCCCAGCUUGACAGCUCUGGCACCCUGCGGUGGAAGCGUUUCCACAUCCGAUGUUUCAUUUUUCACAUUGGCGACACUCCCAGCUCAGGUGAAGUGUUGCGGACUUCACCCCCGGCGCCCUUUGCCAUGCGCCUGGUGGAGGAGGAUCUGGAGGUGAGCAAUGUCCUUGUGCCGGCUGGGUGGCUGAUGGUCUACGGCAGCCUGUCCUUUUAA